CAGGAGAGGCGGAGGGGAGAGGUUCAAGUGUGGGUUUUCUCCUUGAACCUAGAAGAUUAUGGGUCAAGAGCUGUGUUCAAAGACUCUCCAGCCUGGACGCAGCUGCCAUCGCUGCUGGGAGGGAGGCGAGGCACAGAGCUGCCAGAGAACAGCGCCUGUGCCCGAGACGCCGGAGCCUGCGAUCGAGCUGACGGACCUAAAAGAAGCGUCAUGUUCCAUGACUUCAUUUCACCCCAGGGGACUUCAGGCUGUCCGUGCCGGGAAGUUCAAGAGUAAAAGGCCACGGAGUAACAGUGAUUCUUUUAAGGAAGAGGAUGUGAGGCAGGGUUUUCAGUGGAGGAAGAGCCUCCCUUUUGGGGCAGCCUCAUCUUACUUGAACUUGGAGAAGCUGGGUGAAGGUUCUUAUGCUACAGUUUACAAGGGGAUUAGCAGGAUAAAUGGACAACUAGUGGCUCUUAAAGUCAUCAGCAUGAAUGCAGAGGAAGGAGUCCCAUUUACAGCUAUUCGGGAAGCUUCUCUCUUGAAGGGUUUGAAACAUGCCAAUAUUGUGCUCCUGCAUGACAUAAUCCACACCAAAGAGACUCUGACAUUCGUUUUUGAAUACAUGCACACAGACCUGGCCCAGUACAUGUCUCAGCACCCAGGAGGGCUUCGUCCGCACAAUGUCAGGCUUUUCAUGUUUCAACUUUUGCGGGGCCUGGCGUACAUCCACCACCAACACGUUCUUCACAGGGACCUGAAACCUCAGAACUUACUCAUCAGUCACCUGGGAGAGCUCAAACUGGCUGAUUUUGGUCUCGCUCGGGCAAAGUCCAUUCCCAGCCAGACAUACUCUUCAGAAGUUGUGACCCUCUGGUACCGGCCACCUGAUGCCUUGCUGGGAGCCACUGAAUAUUCCUCUGAACUGGACAUAUGGGGUGCAGGCUGCAUCUUUAUUGAAAUGUUCCAGGGUCAACCUUUGUUUCCUGGGGUUUCCAACAUCCUUGAACAGCUGGAGAAGAUCUGGGAGGUGUUGGGAGUCCCUACAGAGGAUACCUGGCCUGGAGUUUCUAAGCUACCUAACUACAAUCCAGAAUGGUUCCCACUGCCUAAGCCUCGAAGCCUUCAAAAUGUCUGGAACAGGUUGGGCCGGGCUCCCGAGGCUGAAGACCUGGCCUCCCAAAUGCUGAGAGGCUUUCCUAGAGACCGCGUCUCCGCCCAGGAGGCCCUGGUUCAUGACUAUUUCAGUGCCCUGCCAUCUCAGCUGCACCAGCUUCCCAACGAGGAGUCUUUGUUCACAGUUUCGGGAGUGAGGCUAAAGCCAGAAAUGUGUGACCUUUUGGUCUCUUACCGGCAAGGUCACCACCCAGCCCAGUUUAGCAAAUGCUGGUGAAAAGAGGGAGCGACAUCACCAACAUCCUUUCAGGGCUACAUUACUGCUGUUUCAGCUUUAAUUUGCUUUGCCUUACUGAGAAGCUUCAAAUCUAGCUACACAAUGGACCAGGGUUUUCA